AUGUUCAACUAGUCCAUACCAACAUUUGAGCCUUUCAAGUAUAAAGCUGAUAGAUUCCACAGUUUCAUAAUCAAGAACUAGAAUGAUCUAGUCUAGACAGUCUUCAAAUUAGAGUAUAUUAAGAAGCAAGAAGCGAACACGAUCUUAGCAUGUUCUCGUGAGUGUUUUGCUAACUGGAGGCAGGAUGAUCUUUCAAGAGCAGAGAAGGACUGUCUGCAUUCAUGCUUUACCAAACUCACCACUGUGAGUGAUAUCUUCUAUGUUAAGAGUGGACUUGCUGCAACUUAAAGAUAUCAAGAAACCUAAAAGCAGAGGAGAUAAUAAGAGCAAGAGUAUUUAAGCUAGCUUAAUAAUGAGUUGAAUUAAGAUAAGAUCGCUACGGAAGGAGAUGUAGUAUAAACACAGCAGAGUGUUUAAAUAGAAUAACCUUAAGAAGCACAAACUGAGAAAGUUGUAUAAAAUAUAGAAAGUGCAAGUAAUAAUAUUAUUAGCAAUAUCGCUACUGAUACAAACAGUACUUCGGAGAGCAACUGA